UGUACUACGCAUUAUAUAUAGGUCAUAGUUUAUCGCACUAUUAAUUUGCGUUUACUUUACGUUUGUAUGUUAAGUAAUAUAAGGUUUUGGUUAAAUUAAAAUUCAGCUUCUAUAUGUCACUGUUCGCAAAACACGAAAGUAGUUCAUAGCUUUAUUAAAAAAUUUCACACAAUGUUAAAAGAAAGUGGCGGAUUAUUAAAGCUACAUCUCCCAGCUAAGAUCGUUCGGCAAAAUAUUGUGAGUCCAUGGAAUUGCUGAAUUAACUACUAGCAUAGUCUAAACAUUUGUGAAUAAUGAUGCUGAAAUACUUCGUAUAUGCUUGUAUUCUUUCGAACGUCUGUUUAGCGAAGUAUGAUAAAGGGGAUGAUGAUGUAUACAAUAGCGUAUUCGUCACAUUCCCGGAUGACCCCUGUGAUGACGAAAAGAUAGAAAUGCCAGACUUUAGUGAUAGAAGACGUUCAAUAAGCGAAACCAAAUGCUUUGAAUACGUUUGGCGUAUGAGAUAUGAACAAGGAAAAGACGUGAGAAUGACUCAAUGUGAAAAAAAGGAAACAGAUAGAACUCCGAUAUUGGGAGGAAGCGAUGUCUCUGAUGGAGAGUACCCUCAUAUGGGUGCUCUUGGGUGGAAGGCAAAAGUUGGAACAUGGAUCUUCAAGUGUGGCAGCUCUUUGAUAAGCGAGAAGUUUGCGCUUACCGCAGCACAUUGCUCUUGCGUUGCCAGCACGGACAAAACUGUCACCGACUUAGAACCGAAAAUCGUGAGACUUGGAUGCAGUAAUAUUAUGGAUGUUGACCGAGGAGAACCAGCGUACGACGUAAACAUCCGCAGAUUCAUCAGCCACCACCGGUACAACCCACCAAGGCAGUACUACGACAUUGCUCUCGUGGAGUUGGAACAGGAGGUCUCGUUUCGUUGGCAGGUGCACCCGGCCUGCCUGUGGACAAAGUUUAAAAACCCCGUCGGUGGCACCGUCACCGGCUGGGGAGUUGUUGAAACUGCUAGCCUCACCACGUCGCCUGAGCUCCAAAAAGCAGAUAUUAGGAUCGUAGAAGCCGAUCACUGCGAUGAUAUGCUGCAGAUGAAACGUAAUGGGCGCAAAUGGUGGGGUAUUGUUUGGCACCAGCUCUGCGCUGGGGACUCCGCUGGUCGCAUCGACACUUGCAGGGGUGAUUCGGGAGGUCCCUUGCAGACUCUUAUACCUCUGCGACACUCCAGUCCAUUUUUACGAUGGAAAUUACACCAGAUAGUUGGAGUGACGUCAUUUGGGUUUGGAUGCGCCCGUCCGAAUACGCCAAGCAUAUACACCAGAGUGGCGAGCUUCAUAGGCUGGAUCGAGAGCAUAGUUUGGCCAUCGAAUAGAACAAUUGAAAAUCGGAUGCUGUUUUAUUCUUAGUUGAAAUAUCUUUCCUAAUGUUAAGUUUAAAUUUGAGUAUAGGAUGUUGCUCUCUACUUAUGUUUGACAUUAUUAAAAUAAGUGAAAUUGAUAAUUCGUAAAUAAGAUAAGUGGAAUUA